UGCGGUGGAAGGUGAUAUUCCUAAUGGUGUCCGCUGGAAGCGUGUGCUGGUGUUCCAUGAAAGACUUCACGGUUUCCUCAGGAUCUUCCGCUGUCUUUUCCGGUAUUCCCGCAAAAAACAGAUUGUCCCUCAUGCUUCUCGCCUGGAGGUGCAGUAUCGUCUCCUUCAUGAUUUUGUUUUCCCGAGUAGGUUGUGCCACUCUGUCGGUGAGCGAUUUCACGGACUCACGAAGAGCAGCGUUCUCUUAGGCGAGAGAGACGACCUGUUGUCCAAAGUCCAAACUCUCUCGAAUGGCUUGGAACUCCUUGUGUAGCACCUCUACAAGUGCAAGGCAGCCAUACAAACAUAUUCACCUCUUGUCGAUGGAAUCCAAGAUAUCAGCAAAGCUGGAACCCAACGGUGACAGAUAACCAGCCUUUGUGAGAUGUUAUUUACACUGAAUGUGCUUUGCUGCUGUCCAAGUCAAAGAAUCCAACUUAGUCUUCUGUGCCACAAGCUCCUGUACAACAGUCCAAUGAUGACGUCUGUGCUGUGGUAUUUGGUGUCAGUGCUGGCAUUUUGCACCACAAGCCUAGUUUGUGCUUUUGGGACCAGCGCCAACAACACCUAUUGCGCACGCAAAGGAUCAAGCGUCAUUCUUGACUGCAAGUACACACGUCACUCUGACUUCUUAAACUGCUUGGGAGUUGAUUGGAAAUUGGAAUUUCCAAAAGAAAAGAAGAUUAUUUUACGGAUGAAUCGCGGCCAUAUUAAUUCUGAAUACAAACCAUUGAAGGACAGGAUUAUCUUCACUUCCCCCAACCCUUGUGAUGGAGAUGCUUCCAUAAAGAUCAACAGCGUGCGUAUGUCAGACACGGGGAAGUACGUGUGCAACUUGGAAUUUAAGUCUCAACAUUUGUGGAAAAACAUGACCCUGACAGUCACGGAGGAGCUGAGCACACCGGUAUGUGCCGUGCAAGGAAAGCCUGUGGCAGGUAAUGUUGUGACGCUCCAAUGCACAUCCUCACAAGGCACACCCCCGCUGAAGUACAGCUGGACAAAGACAAGUGGAAACCAGAUGUUACCUUCUAACUCCAACGGGGACACCUCAGGAGGGACCUUGUUUGUCAACAGACUCUCAGAGGACAACUGUGGAAGUUAUCGCUGCACGGUGGAAAGUCUGGAUGAUACCAAAUACUGUGAGAUCCUACUUGAAUGUCCAUCCUCACCUCCGACCACAAGCGAUGCAACCAAACACAAUGAGGUCCUACCAAUGUGUCCAUGGUCCCCAUUAGCAACGAGCACUGGAAAUCAAGUUAUCAUAGCAGUGGCAGCGACUAUCGUUGUUCUUUUGCUGGCCAUUGUCUUAGCUCUCACAGUCAUUUGGGUCUUGCGCAAAAGAAAUCGUGGUGAGUUUGCUAUCAAUUAAAAAUGACUAUUUAGUGGCGUCCCCUCUUCCAAGUGGUCUUUCAGGGACAAACUGUGUGUAAUGGAGAUUACAAUAUUGUGUACUAAUUAUUACAAUACAACUUUAAAAACAUUGUGUGUGCUGUGUUGACAGUAUCAUAGCACAGCACACACAAAGAUCGUAACUGCUCAAUGCCUGAUUUUUUUGUCUUUGUGUGGAGGCAAAAAUAUAUUUUAAAGAUUUAAGAAAAUAUAUGUGUACCACCCUUAAGGUAGACUAGGGUUGUCAAAAGGAUUGGCCCACGAACAGGUUUCAUCCGGCCUGCGAGAUGAGUUUGCAAAGUAUAAAAAAGAAGCUAUAAUGUUUAAAUGAAAUAAACUGCUGUUCUUGUGCCUACUAUUUGUCGAAGUAGCAAUUAUUUGUACCUUUGCAUACCCUGCCGUGAGCGCGCGCAUGACCUCAAUGGGGGCGCAGCUUUGUGCCGUGUGUCAACACUUCCAUGUUUGGACACUAUGUACUUAUGCUGCUUUUUAGGUACAGCAUACAAAACGUGGAUUGUUACGUUCAUGCCUUGAUUGUUGGUAAUGUCACCGUCAGAUUUAUACUCAUUAUUUUGAUAAAUCUUUACAUUUCGUGUUGCACUAAUGAUUGCAUGGGGACACAUUUUCUGGGCGCACAUAAAUAUGAUUAGAUAAUAUGAAUAUUGUGUGAUUAAUGAAGUCUUGUUGAAAAUGAUGCUACAUAUGUACAGAAUAAACCACAUGAUGUUAAGUGUUGGCCCUUCGAUAAGGUGGUGACUUGUCCAGGGUAUACACUGCCUUCCACCCGAGUGCAGCUGAAUUAGGCUCCAGCAACACCGCGACCCCAAAAGGGGCAAUUGGUAGAAAAUGGAUGGAUGUUCGCUAGGGCUGCAACAACUAAUCGAUUAAAAUCGAUUAUCAAAAUAGUUGGCGAUUAAUUUAGUCAUCGAUUCGUUGGAACUAUGCUAUGCGCAUGCACGGAAAGGCUUUUUUUUGUUGUUGUUUUUUUUUGUUUAUAAACCUUUAUUUAUAAACUGCAACAUUUACAAAUAGCUGAGAAACAAUCAAAAUAAGUACAAAACAGCGCCAGGGCGGCGCUGAGGCUAUGUCUCAUGAGGUGGCGAAAGCUAGCCAAUGAUUAGUCAUGUGCAGCUCACGUGACGCCGUCUCCUUUGCUGGAAACAUUCGAAAAAUGGCGCAGGAAAACAGUACAGAUAUUUUAGCGGAAAAACAGCUUGAGGUUAUUGCUUCAAUGGAGAAAAGUGUACGACCUAAGUCGUCAAAAGUAUGGGAACACUUUACUUUAAAGACUCCAAAGAAGAGCGUUUCCUGCAAAAUAGCACGGAAGUACAACAUUGCUUCAGGAGCACCUGAAGAAGAAACAUGUUGGAGCCAUGGAUGAAGGGAAGAACUCACGGUACAUAACUUUUUAAGUCCAUAGUGGCAACAGGCAUUCAUGAGUUCAGCUUUUUUGUGAGUAACAUUAACGUUAUGUCUUUGUUGCAACGCGGGGCUGAUAAUGUGUCUCCGGCACAUUUGACUCCGUUUUGAGAGAGAAAACGCACAGUUACCAGUUUCGAAAUAAACGUAACGGACAGAAAUAUCUCAGGUUGGUUUCAUAAUGGAUCCAUGUAACCGGGCCCGAUAAAGCUAUAUACUGUAAAUAUAUUUAGAUUUGAGUGACGCUUUAGUAUAACUAAACGUUAUGAAGGUGCUGGAAUAUUUCAUGCUAUUAUUCAGAGGCAGCCUAAAAUGAAUCCUUUAUUAUUCACAACAGAAACGUGUACAAUAUCUGAUUCAGUUCUGAUCUGAUGAGUUACAUUUCUGUGUUAUUAUUGGUGUAUGCUGCAUCCCCAAUGUCCAGAACAUGGUGCCAGUAUGCUGUUUUUUUUUCAAUAAAAUACUGGAAAGGAUAGAAAUGUAGUUUGUCUCUUUUAUCCGAUUAUUAAUCGAAGUAAUAAUGGACAUGGAUUAUCAAAUUAAUCGUUAGUUGCAGCCCUAAUGUUAGCACAUCAGUUGAGGAAGAUGAGUAAAUUACAUUAAUACCAUCCUGUAAUUUGAUACUGCCAACAUUCUUUUUAUUUAUUUGUUUUUUCAUUUGCAACAAUACAAAACACCAACAAACACACUUAAACAAAAAAAAACCCCUCAAAACACUAACAAUGUCAAACAGUCAGGGUUUUACUCAACCACCGUCUGCUCUAUACACAAAAG